GACCUGUUUGUUCUGUUGGAUCUGAUUGGUGCACCUGACCCUAUGUUUGUCAACCACUUUGACAAUACUAUACGCUGGUUCGAUGAGCUCAUAUAUGCAGGUAAGGCCCCCCCACCCCACUUCUCAACAUUUUUACUCCAUAUACAGUAUCACAACAAUUGCCUGUAUUGCCAGGUAAAUUAAUGAAUUAUUAUCCCAUUGAUUGCUCACUGUAAUCAUAAUGGGGCAGGAACAUGUUGUAAUGGAGAUUGUGAAGUAGAGGGAAGGAGGCAGAGGUACACUAGAAUAACAGAAAGAACCAGGGAGCAAGGCAAAGAGAGUUUGGCAGGUGGAUGACUGACUCAUGCUGAUACAGGACCAGGCUCUCCUGUGCUGAUCUGACUUUAAUUUCACUCAGGCACAGUAAUAAGACACCUGGAGUGAGCUGUUCUUCCUCCCUCAAUUUUCUGUCUCCUCUCUGCUUACCCCACCCCCUCUUUAUCAUUGGCCUUGACCCUGGCCCACGGUGGCUGUCAUGUCUGUCUGCCAGAGAGGAGGCUCCAUAAGCUGGGUCUGCUGUCCUCCCACCCCAGAGAGGUGAGCUACUUUAGGAAGGACAUAAACCUGGGCCCUGUGGAGGACGACCAUGUGCCCUUCCUCCAGCAGGGUGAGGGAUCACACCCACAUAGAUAGACAGAUGGUUAGAGAGCACAUUUACUGACUAACAAUAAUGGAUGUUUAACAGUACACCUUGAAUACUUACACAGCUGAUUAGACUAUGGCCUUAUGACUGUACUGUAUUUACAGAGAUUGGUUCCCUCCCUCUGCUUUAGUUUUAUCCCUGUAGAACUUAAUGUACCACCUGCCUUUUUUCUCUCUCGCGCUAUCAAACUCUGUCUACCCCAUCUGUCCUCUACACUCUACCCUAUCUCAUUUGUCUUCUCCCCUCCCCUGUCUCUCUGCCAUUCUCACCCACUCUGCUCUAUGCCUGCAGGGGUUCCAGUACUACACAUGAUCACAACGCCCUUCCCCUCCUUUAUGCACACUCUGGAGGACACAGCGGAACACAUCCAUUCUCAGACUAUCGAGAAUCUCACCAAGGUGCUAGUGGUGUUCCUCGCUGAAUACAUAGGACUCUGA